GUCCGUUCAAACACCAUGAGUGUCAUUAUUGCAAAAAAAGAGGACACUUUGGCCAAGGUCUGCAGGCAAAAUAAGAAAGACAGUUCCAGUCAUGAGCAAGCAAACUUCGUUGAAGACGAAGGGGACAGUGAAUAUGGCAUGUUUCAUGUGGGCUCGGGCCAAACAAGACCUCUCUAUGCUACCGUCACAGUCAAUGGUAAUCCUCUCUCGAUGGAGGUGGACACUGGUGCAUCCGUCUCAAUUACCAGUCUUGAAACGUUCAAGACCAUCCAGAACGGCGAAAUGGUCAAACCCUGUCACUGCCACUGAUUGUUACCGAAGGCAAGGGCCCUACCUUGCUAG